GGUUGGGGGACCAGGACAUGUUGUGGGGGAACAUUACACCAAGAGGACUUGCACAAAGUCUAGGCAAUUAGGCAGAUUAUGUCCGGGGCCUAACGUUACACUGUACUAAUUCCUCCUGUCUCCUUGCAGGGAACAUACAGAGACGCUUGUUACCCCUCUACUUUCCACGGUCUCCAGAAGAAGAGUGGGGGGUCUAUUGUUCUCCUGCCCCAGGACAUUGACAAUUCUGAUGGGGAACCUUUGGUGCCAGAUCGUCAAAUCUGUGUCAGUGAGAAACCGGGGGUUCAGGAAGGCUCUCCUGUACUUUAUCCAUAUGAUGGACCAUGUUACAGCCAAAGACUCCGUGCUGCUAUACUUCCACACUCUCACCGGGGAGCACAACCAUCCACACUCGGAAUUUCCUCAAAAAUAUAUACUACAUCAUCGAUGUCAAGUAGAAGAAGAAUCUGAAAGCACUUUAUUUUGUUCACCCCACGUUCCGCUCAAAGGUAAGUAAAGUGGGUGUGUUCCCACAACAGUGUUUGGGGGAUACGCUAGGUUUUGUGCUUCUGUACCAGCCCAAGGCCCCUCAGCUAUUUAGCAGUGAAGAUUUACACACCCCCAGUAGCCCCCCAUGUUCUUUUCUGCUGAUUCCCAUCACAUGCUCUGGACUUCUGUCACAGACUCACAAUAUACAGUAUAUACAUAAUAUUACAUUCACAAUACAAGGCUGAUUCAGAUUCACAUUACAUGGCGGCAUAAAAACAAGUGCAGGCUGUAUCAGAAUUGAUUCAUAAUCAGCCCUAUAGCAUCUGCUUCUAUUAUAGACGUGACUUCAUUUUCUGCUUGAUGAUUUCCCCCGACCCCUAAGCUUCUUCCAGAGCCCACUGAGCAUGUGCAGUGCCACUGACUCACAAACAUUGGACUAACAAGAUCCAAGAUGGGGAGCUGCUGGGGGCAACUCUGAAGGUCUGGAUCAUUCCUGUUAUAGAGCUGAAAGGACAACCUUGUCCCUUUAAUGCUGAGAAAGCAAAUGACGUCUCAUUGAGAAACACUUAUUAUUUGUGCCGGGGGAAGUCAUGAGACGUGUGAGUGAAUGAAGUGCUGAGCGGGUACAAGAGGAUACAGGUUAGUGGGUCACAUUGUUACAAUACCACACAUUCUGUUCAGCCACAAACACUCCACCUUUACCUGUGUGUUGUUGUCAUAGUAACGGUGCUAAAGGCUUCCACACCCACAGCCUUCCACUGGCACACGCUGUUCUUAAUUCUUCCCUGAUUCCCCAAGGGCAGGAAUAUGUUUAAAUAAUAACGCAUGUAUAUUCCGUAUAUAUUUCCCAUCGCUCGUGUUUAACCCUUCACGAUUGCUGCUGAUCCUCAUGUUCUGUUCCUUCACUGCCUUUUGGCCAGAGUUCUAGCAAUCUAUUUUAUGUUGCCCAUUUAGUAGAAGUAUCACUGAAUCCUGCCUGUGGGAAACCAGCAGG